CCCAGUUCCUUCCCUGCAGGAGAGUGAGUAAUGUUAUAGUGUUGCUAGCGCGGAGACGAUCAUGGAUUUUCGCUAGUCCAGACUUAUUGUCGUGUCAUGUCGCGGAUCCUAUGUGUGGCCGAAAAGCCUGCCAUCGCCAAGGCUGUGGCCCAGCAUUUGUCUGGAGGCUCCUUUCAAACAGCCAAUGUAACUGGUAACCGAUAUGUGAAGAACUAUCAGUUCGACUUCAAUUUCGGGGGGCCAUGGGGCCAUUGCCAUGUCACCAUGACCAGUGUCCUGGGGCAUUUGACGGAACUGGAAUUCGCACGCGAGUACAAAAGCUGGCUCUCGUGCCCCCCUGGGGCCCUUUUCGAGGCUCCUGUACACGAGGCUGUAUCUUCCGACAAAACAGCCAUUGCAAGAAAUAUUCAGCAACAGGCGCGACAAAGCAAAGCGCUGUUCAUCUGGACGGAUUGUGAUCGAGAAGGUGAACAUAUCGGAACCGAGAUCCGGAAGCAGGCUCAGGAAGGAAAUGCUCGCAUCCUCGUCAAGCGGGCUAGGUUUAGCAAUACUGAAAGAGCUCACGUCUUGAAUGCUGCUCGCUCGCUGAUCGAGCUCGAUGAUCUCCAAGCGAAUGCCGUCGCAGCGAGAAUAGAGCUUGAUCUGCGCAUUGGUGCUGCGUUCACUCGGCUCCUGACUCUUCAAUUGAAGCCGUUGUCAAGUGCCUUGGAAGAUACCAUUGUGAGCUACGGGUCUUGCCAAUUUCCUACCCUGGGCUUUGUAGUUGAUCGCUAUCUGCGAGUGAAGAACUUCAAGCCCGAGACGUUCUGGGGUAUCAAGGUCCUGCUACUACGAGAGGGAAUUAAAGUCAACUUCCUGUGGAAGCGUGUCCAUCUGUUUGACCGAGCAGCUGUGACAGUCAUGCUUGAGCGGUGCCUCCUCGCCAAAACGGCCAAGGUUACAAAAGUCAACCAGAAACCUACUAGCAAAUGGCGUCCCCUGCCAUUGACCACGGUGGAUCUACAAAUGAUGGGCAGUAGGUUCCUCCGCAUGGACAGUCAGACGAUCAUGAAGGUCGCCGAAGCGCUUUACACCAAGGGUUUCAUCAGCUACCCACGUACGGAAACCGACCAAUUCGACAAAGCCAUCGACUUGAAGAAGCUGGUUGAGAAACAGUUUCCGGACCAGAAUUGGGGACAGUACGCUCGAGAUCUCCUGGAUGGUGGAUUUCGGACUCCACGAGCGGGCCGCCACAACGAUCAAGCCCACCCUCCCAUCCACCCGGUCUGCUGGGUCUCCCCUGCAGCCCUCAGCGCCGACGAGAAGAAGGUCUACGAGUUUGUUGUCCGCCGCUUCCUGGCCUGCUGCUCCGAAGACGCUAAAGGCCAGUCCACUGAGAUCGAGAUCGAGUACGGUGACGAGGUGUUCCAUGCUAAGGGCCUCCUCGUUCUUGAAAGAAACUACCUGGAUGUCUACGUCUACGAUAAAUGGGAAAGCAGCCAGCAGCUGCCGAAAUUCCAGCUGGGCGAGUCAUUCGUGCCGACGGAGGCCAAGAUCUUCGACGGUGAAACGACUGCCCCGAACUAUUUGACUGAACCCGAGCUCAUCGCGCUCAUGGACGCCAACGGUAUCGGAACCGACGCCACGAUGGCCGAGCACAUUGCCAAGAUCAAGGACCGCCAUUACGUUGCCGUCAACACGCGCGGGGGCGGCCGGACGGCGGUCAAGGAGCUCAUACCCACGCAAUUGGGCAUCGCCCUGGUAGAGGGCUACGAUAAUGUCUUUGCCGGGAUGCCCAACAACCCUUCCUUGAGCAAGCCGUUUCUCCGCAAAGAGAUGGAAACUCGAAUGCGGGAGAUUUGCGCCGGGUCACGCGUACGACAGGAGGUUGUGCAGGAAAGUCUGGAUAUGUACCGCGAGUAUUUUGUGCAUACCAACCGGCGCAUCAACGCGCUGAAGGACGCCAUUCGCAAGUACCUUCCUAACUGAAGGGGUAGCUGUAGGUUAGAUUGGGGAAGAUGCAUUUUGAAAGGUGGUAUAGCUUAGCGGAGUGUUAGAACAUGAUACCCU